CAGUUCCCUGAGGCUGGAGGGACAGGAACACCUGGUGCUGGAGCGGGGGCCUCCGAGGGAGAGGGCCCCGCUGGGGUGGGGAAGAAGGCGGGGCCUAAGCCUGUGCCAGUCCGCGUCCCUGGCCCGGACGGAAGUUGCACCACAAGUACGAUUAGUUUCAGUUUUGUUUCUCUUCCAGGAGCCCAGCAAUAUCGGCGCCCAGACCCCGGCCCCCUUGCAGUCCUGAAGGCUAAGGUCAGCUCUGGCUAGGCCUGACACUAUCAGCAGCACUGAGGUUUCUACAUUUGCUGAAUGUACACCAGGAGGAGGGGAGGGGCGGCUCCCUAGCUUAAGAGCAAAUAGCCCGAGGCCUCAGGAGACCAGAAGUUCUUGGUCAUUCAGGAUGGUGUCCCAUGGAUCAUCACCCUCCCUGCUGGAGGCCCUGAGCAGUGACUUCCUGGCCUGUAAAAUCUGCCUGGAGCAGUUGCGGACACCCAAGACACUGCCCUGUCUGCACACCUACUGCCAGGACUGCCUGGCCCAGCUGGCCGAGGGCGGCCAUGUCCGCUGCCCUGAGUGCCGUGAGACUGUGCCCGUGCCACCCACGGGCGUGGCCGCCUUCAAGACCAACUUCUUUGUCAAUGGGCUGCUGGACCUGGUGAAGGCCCGGGCCUGUGGAGACCUGCGUGCAGGGAAGCCAGCCUGUGCCCUGUGUCCCCUGGUGGGGGGCACCAGUGCCGGGGGGCCAGCCACAGCCCGGUGCCUGGACUGCGCCGAUGACUUGUGCCAGGCCUGUGCCGACGGGCACCGCUGCACCCGCCAGACCCACACCCACCGGGUGGUGGACCUGGUGGGCUACAGGGCGGGGUGGUACGAUGAGGAGGCCCGGGAGCGCCAGGCAGCCCAGUGCCCCCAGCACCCCGGGGAGGCGCUGCGCUUCCUGUGCCAGCCCUGCUCCCAGCUGCUGUGCCGAGAGUGCCGCCUGGGCCCCCACCUGGACCACCCCUGCCUGCCCCUGGCCGAGGCCGUGCGUGCCCGGAGGCCUGGCCUAGAGGAGCUGCUGGCAGGUGUGGACAGCAACCUGGUGGAGCUGGAGGCAGCCCGGAUGGUGGAGAAGGAAGCACUGGUCCGGCUGCGGGAGCAGGCAGCCCGGGUGGGGACACAGGUGGAGGAGGCCGCCGAGCGGGUCCUCCGGGCCCUCCUGGCCCAGAAGCAGGAGGUGCUGGGGCAGCUACGGGCCCACGUGGAGGCUGCCGAGGAGGCAGCUCGGGAAAGGCUGGCGGAGCUCGAGGGCCACGAACAGGUGGCCAGGGCGGCAGCGGCCUUCGCCCACCGGGUGCUCAGCCUGGGUCGAGAGGCUGAGAUCCUCUCCCUGGAAGGGGCGAUUGCCCAGAGGCUGCGGCAGCUGCAGGGGUGCCCCUGGACACCUGGGCCAGCCCCCUGCCUGCUGCCCCAGCUGGAGCUCCAUCCCGGGCUCCUGGACAAGAACUGCCACCUGCUUUGGCUCUCCUUUGAGGCGCAGCAGUCCCAGGUUGACAGUGAGAAAGAUGGAGCUGGUGCCCAGGGGGGCGAUGAGGCGCAGAGCCAGACAGAGGGUGCGGCCAAGGCCGAGACACAGAAUGGAGUGCGGCCCCAGGGCAGGGAUGGAGCGCAGACCCCGAAAGAGGACAGGGCCCAGACUCCCCGAGAUGAUGGAACCCAGACCCCUGAAAAGGACAGAGCCCAGAUGCCCCAUGAGGAAGGAGAAGGCCAGCACCAGAAGGGCGGCAUGUGCAACAAGAAGAGAAGGGUCAAAGGCAGGUUCAAGUCAAUUUCCCGGGAGCCCAGCCCAGCAGCCGGGCUGAACCUGGAGGGCUCUGGCCUCCUUCCCAGGCCCAUCUUUUCCUGCAGCUUCCCCACGCGGAUGCCUGGAGACAAGCGGUCCCCCCGGAUCACUGGACUCUGUCCCUUUGGCCCCCGGGAGAUCCUGGUGGCAGAUGAGCAGAACCGGGCGCUGAAACGCUUCUCCCUCAAUGGCGACUACAAGGGCAACGUGCCAGUCCCUGAGGGCUGCUCCCCCUGCAGUGUGGCCGCCCUGCAGGGCGCCGUGGCCUUCUCAGCUGGCGCAAGGCUCUACCUCAUCAGCCCUAAUGGCAAGGUGCAGUGGCGCCGGGCCCUGAGCCUCUCCCAGGCCAGCCACGCCGUGGCUGCACUGCCGAGUGGGGACCGUGUGGCCGUCAGCGUGGCAGGCCACGUGGAGGUGUACAACAUGGAGGGCAGCUUGGCCACUCGGUUCAUCCCUGGGGGCAAGGCCAACCGGGGCCUGCGGGCAUUGGUGUUCCUGACCACCAGCCCCCAGGGCAAUUUCGUGGGGUCGGAUUGGCAGCAGAAUAGCGUGGUGGUCUGUGACGGGCUGGGCCAGGUGAUUGGAGAAUACAGGGGCCCAGGCCUGCACGGCUGCCAGCCGGGCUCCGUGUCCGUGGAUAAGAAGGGCUACAUCUUUCUGACCCUUCGGGAGGUCAACAAGGUGGUGAUCCUGGACCCGAAGGGGUCACUUAUUGGAGACUUCCUAACAGCCUACCACGGCCUGGAAAAGCCCCGGGUGACCACCAUGGUGGACGGCAGCAGUUACUGGAAGAAGCCAUAUUUGAAGACACAACAGUGACUGCAGGGGCCGAAGGGACCACUGGCCGGCUUUGAUGCCAUUCCUGUAAGCCAGCUGAGACAUAGACUGCACUAAUUAAGGACCCAUAACCAUAGACAUUUAGAAAAAGUUAAAAAUGGCAAGAGUGGCCUAACCUUUUGAUAGUUUAGAGGAAAUGUCAUUGGGGGCAGGUGGGGGGGACAGCUCUUCUUCCACUGUAGUCUAACUGUUAAUGUAUCUAUAAAGCAAUGUUAUAUUCUAAAUCCACAGAGAGAAAAUUCCAAAGGACAGAAGUGCAAGAGAGAAGUCAAAAGUUUGCUGAGGAAAUUGGUGAGGUUGGUGACCUGAGCCUGGCAAGGUUUGACAGGCAGGAGCCAAGAUCGUGGUGUUUGACCGUCUCCCCUGGCAGGCAAACCGAGAGCUAGAGCUGCCGGUAAAUGAAGUGGGAGACUGGACAGGGGUGGGGAUAGAGCAGUCUUGGAUGAGCUGGGGCAGAGGCUACCAGAGAGAGUGCUCAGGAAGGUGCUCUUGGCAGGAGGAAGACCAAGUUCAGAUGCAGGCUUAGGAAAAUAGGUGUCUUGAUUGAAGGUAGCAGAAUGUGAAUAUAAUUUAAUUAAGUGGAUUAGGACAGGAGCAAAAAUAGGUCUUCUAGGGCCCACAGACUCCUGUGAUUGGAGGGGUAGGGAAGCUACAGCAAAGCCAGAUGAGACCCCCCCUGGGGUGCUGGGCAAGGAAUGCCAGGGACCAGGCAGAGGAGGGCCUGGGCAUGCUGAGGACAUUAGGGAGGUUUGGGAGGCAGCCUGACUUGUCUCCAGAGAAAGCUGGAACUGGCUGCCUUAGCAGCCAAGACAGACGGGGUUGAAGACAAGAAAUCAGGUGUUGGUGCCCAGUCACUGUGCCAGCCCAGCCCGGUGGGGCUUUCAUGGGAUAAAGCACAUGUGCUGUAGACUCUUCCAUUCCUUUGGUUGUAUGUUUUCUAUCUUUCCUGUUUAUUAAUAAAGUUCUUUUGAAAAAGCCAAAUAUUCUCUUAGAUGGAUUCAUGAGGAUGGGGAGCCUUUACUACCCAGGCCCAGGCAGCAAAGCCAAUCACAUUAGCAAGGCCAGCCUCCAGGAGCUCUCAGGGGGGCCACACAGAUUCCUUGGGGACACUGCAGGAGCAAGACUGACACAGGCACCACCUGUGGGCCCACCCUCAUCCCAGGCAACUCCCUCCUGCAGGACAGAUGGGCUCUGGGCAGAGAUGUGCACCUUCCAGGCUAACCCUGGGUAGGAGCCAGCAGGUGAUCUGGCCCAUGCUGGCCUACACUUGUAGGGGUAUGAUCGCAUGGGGGUAUGAUCUUGUGGAGGCGUGGAGGUGUGAUGUGUAGGAGGUGGACAAGGGGGCCCAGGUGAGGGUACCUGUGCCCACCACAUUGGGCUUUGCCUGUUUUCUGCUUUGGGUACCUUCUAGCAUGUAGCAUCUGUGAGCCUCCCCGCAAGGCUGGGGCAUCCUGGCUCAAGGAACAUAUGCCCCUUGGCCAAACCCACUGCCCUAAUCUAGUCUCCAAGACCCCCCUCAAGGAGCCUCCUUCCCCGCCCCUCCAAGUUUUCGUGAGCAGGAAGAGGAAAGACCGCAGCCUCUGGCCUCUCCUUUGAGUGGCAGUGACGAGGCUGCUGUGCGUGCCUCACGGCCACCAGCUCCCGGAAGCACGCACAGUAUAUCACAGACAAGGAAACCAAGGCUUGGCGAGGCUUGCUCAUGAUAAACAGAUGUAGAUUCAGACGGAGGACUGUCUGACUCCAAAGCUGACUCUCCCAACACUUGACACCGGUCCUCUGCCUUCUAGAGUAGCUCUGAAUCCCGGCCGAGUCACUCAAGUGUGACUCCUUUGUAAAAUGAGAGAGUGCAGGAAAUGAGAUCCGAGAUUCUUCCCUGUGCAAACAGAUGAGGCUCCUGUCCCUGUUAGAGGUGGUGUGGAGUCUUGACAUAGGGAGGGUGCUCAGAGACACCCCCACGCGCCCCGCCGCUGCCUUGUCCUCACUGCCAGGGCCCCGGAGAUGGAGAAGGAAUGACAAGUGAGCAGGGAAUGCUUUGAAUGGCUUGGCAGGGGAGCAGGGCCCUCCAGUGCCUCGGUGACAGCCUGAAUAAGAAUUCUGCAAUUCAUCAUCUAAUGAGUCAGCCCGGCUUUGGACUGGCGCCUCUGCCAACCCCAGGGAGCAUGACUCAGCAGCUGAGGGGGCCGGUGGCAGGAGAGCCUGCUGUGGUCCAUGUGAGCGGUGACUGUGAGGAGAACGGCCUGUUCCUAGCUCCAAACCCCAAGGCGGAACGUGUGGUCAGACUCACACGGGCCUUGGGUUCCCAGCCAUGUGGCCAAGUCUCCUCCCUCGGACCUCAUCUUUCCUCCUCUCCACUGGAGCAGUCACAUCCCCAGAGGUGCAGGGGCCACCUCUGUCCCCCCACAGCCUUGACAAGAGGUUGUGGACACAGAGUCUUCAGCCCCUUACCCUGCCUGUUUCCCUGGACAGGUCGGCCUCCCCAGAGAGCAACAGAGGCCACGUUGAGGCCGGGUGCGGUGGCUCACGCCUGUAAUCCUAGCACUCUGGGAGGCUGAAG